GCUGCUUUCAACACGGACCCUAUGAGUUCUUUGGGGGUGAUAACGGCCGGGUUCAGGCGGGCGACUAUGGCGCUGCCCGCGGGGCUCUGCUGCAGCCGGGUGCCCGCCGCGGCCCACCCCCGCCGCUUCCUUCUGUUGUCGGCUUCGCCUCAGGCCCAGUCGGGCCGGCUCGGGCCUUCCUCCCCUCGUUGCCCUCCUCUCCCGGCCCCUUCGACCCUCCGGCCGCCGCUCUGGCCCCCCACGCGCCCCUACAGCAGCGACUCCGAAGGGCGGCGGGGACGGAGCGUGGUGGUCGUGGGCGUCCCCAACCCGCUGAUGUGGCUCCGCACCCGCCUGUACUUCUUCCUAAUCCGUGCCUACUUCGACCAAGAGUUCAGCAUCCACGAGUUCACGCAGGGCGCCAAGCAGGCCUUUGCUAUUGUUUCGAGGUUGAUUUCUGAGCGUAAAUAUGAGCUGCUGGAGGAGUUGAUAUCUCAAGAGAUGCUUCAGAUGCUGAAGGAGAAGCUUUCUUUGCUGUCUGAAGACCACAGAAGUGCCCUCGCGGCUGACAUGGAUGAAAUAAUGUACACAACAGCGGGAGAUGUUGGCAUAUACUACGACGAUAGUGGAAGAAAGUUUGUUAGUAUCCUGAUGCGUUUCUGGUACCUGACCGAUGCUGACCUUCCUGACGAAACUCCAGAUGGAACCAAAGUCUUCCAGGUUGUUUUUGGCGAUGAAACAACCAAGGAAACAAAGCGCCUCUUAACAGCAAACUAUGAGUUCCGAAGAGAAUUUACCCAAGGUGUAAAACCGGACUGGACGAUUACACGGAUUGAACAUCCGAAACUUUUGGAAUAAAUUCACUGAAUACCACUUUCAUGGACCAUUAUCAAUAUUUGAAUAUAUCAAUCAUCUCAUGACAGGAGCGAUACAGUCUUUCAUGGGCUGAUUUUGUACUUUUCCAAAUACAGUAUAUUGCUGUGAUAAAUAAUAAAAUGUUUUCCACCAGA